AUGUUUGAUUUUGUAUCCAAGCUGCUUAAUGGGCUAUCUGCUCGAAUCUUCUCUUUCUCCAACCCAAACUCUUUCUCCAACAAAUUUGGGUUGGCAAGAAUGAAACGAGUGAAUAUGUCGAACAAUAAGUUUGAUGUUGUAUCCAAGCUGCCUAAUGAGCUAUCUACUCAAAUCCUCUCUUUCUUCGACGUAUUUGAGUUGGCAAGAAUGGAACGAGUGAGCAAAUCGUGGCAAACUUUGAUUCGAACAAAUUCGACUUUAUGGAAAGAUGACCGAUUUGAUGCACAAGUUCUCGAUCCUUGCGCUCUUCAACACGAAGCAAAGUAUAGAGCCAUGCUCAAAAGAUGCGAUGGUAAGAUCGACAAAGUCUUUUUACCACUUGUUCUUCCUUUCAAUACCCAAGCCAAGCUGGAAUCAUUGCUCAAGCCUCUGGUAAAGUCGGAAGUGAAAGACCUUUGGAUCGUAAUCAGGAUAGAUGCGACGUGCCCGCUUCUUCACAUCGCUUGUGCUCGUCAAUACAACGAAAAUUUAUCAGAUGGGCAACUUCAAGAUGCAGUCAAAGCUGUUUUGGAGACGGUGGUGCAAUGUGGACACUUACGAAAUUUGCGUUUAGUUACGACUGAAAGCGUAAUCGUGAAUAUGAGAAACUUUCGUGAUCCAGCAAAGUGGCCUUUUGCUGCCAGUCGCCUCAAAAAGCUUGCAUUACAUAAUAUCAGGUACGAUAGUCUUUUCCCCUGCGAAGAAGUCUAUCAAAUUAUCUCAGAAGCUGAAGAGAUCGAGAUAUGCUUUAAUGAUAUUUAUUCUUGGAAUUUCACGAAGAAGGAUGUUUGGCCUUUUAUCAACACUGCAAAAGCUACAUUGAAGAAAUGCCGUGCUAAUUACGGAGUGGACGAUCCCGAAACAUACCCAGUCUUGCCGCCUAUAUACAGUUUUCCACAAUUGGAAGAAUUAAACUUAUCUAUCGCCACAAACGGAGCAUUACGUGAACCACAAAUCAUCAAGUAUAGUUUCGAGUGUCCUAAUUUGAAAGUUUUCCAUGCUCUUCCUCAGCUUCCAUCGCAAAUGACAGAGCAGCUACUUUCCAGCGGUAUCGAGGUCUUGAGUAUUGACAGUUUAAUCUAUGAAGCGGAGGAUCGGAGGAGAGUAUUUGAAAAGCUAGAGAAAUGCACAAAAGUGAAGAAGUUGAUCCUCAAUCGAACAUGUUCAGAUGAUGAUAUCAAAGAACUUUUUGGCCGACUACGCGAAGCUCCCUUAGAGGAAUUAAUCAUGAAUCAUGUCUCAGACGAAACUAUGAUCGAAGUGAAAAAAAUGAUAACAGAUCGACUCAGCGUUGGACGAUUUACAAAGAUUCAAAAAGCAACAAUUUCUACAACUGACGGUGAGCCGGCAAAACAGAUAGAAUGGUUUGCAAAUCAUGUCCCAGACUUCAAAUCUUACACAUUCUAUGAUCGCAUCGGUGAGAGGGAUUACGAAUUCCAGGUACACGGGCAAUACUAUUUUGAAUUGGGGGGACGUUUGCCCGGUUUAGGCUGUUUUCAAGUAGAGAAAGGUGACGAUCCUUUUGAAAAUUUUGGAAACAAUGACCUCCCUUUGCCAGAGGACUUGUAUUGA